CUCGUUACCAUUCAUCCCUUACUUCCCAACCUCUGAAUACUCUGUUAUUCAUUAAACGCAAAUCAUCAUCAUCAUCAACAUGCAGAUCUUCGUGAAAACCCUAACCGGCAAAACCAUCACCUUGGAGGUGGAGUCCUCCGACACGAUCGACAACGUGAAAGCGAAGAUUCAGGACAAGGAAGGAAUUCCCCCAGAUCAACAGCGAUUGAUCUUCGCAGGGAAGCAAUUGGAGGAUGGAAGGACCCUGGCGGAUUACAACAUCCAGAAGGAGUCGACUCUUCAUCUUGUGCUUCGUCUCCGUGGCGGGAUGCAGAUCUUCGUGAAGACGCUAACUGGAAAGACGAUUACGCUUGAGGUGGAGAGUUCUGAUACGAUUGAUAAUGUUAAGGCGAAGAUUCAGGAUAAGGAAGGGAUUCCACCGGACCAACAGCGUCUCAUCUUCGCUGGAAAGCAGCUUGAGGAUGGACGAACUCUUGCUGAUUAUAAUAUUCAGAAAGAAUCUACGCUUCACCUUGUCCUCAGGCUCCGUGGUGGGGAUGUUUAAUGUACAUGAUGCUCUUUGUUUGGUUUUAUGAAUUUCUAUCUCUUUGACAAUGUUAAUACUUUUCUGUUAUGAAUAAAAGUUUUUAAUUUCGCUCUGC